CGCUGUGUCGUCUCCAUGGUGUCGAGCUUCAUCACCAUCCAGGACCCACGUGACUCUCAGAACAGGCGCUCGUUCUGCUUCGACUACGCCUACUGGUCCCACAGCGGCUUCACCCGAGACCGCAGUGGCCUGUACGUGCCCGAGGAGCCGGGGGAACGAUACGCAGACCAGGACAGUGUGUUCCAAGACCUGGGAGAAGGAAUACUGGAGAAUGCACUGCAAGGUUACAAUGCCACACUGUUGGCCUACGGGCAGACCGGCUCUGGGAAGAGUUACUCAAUGGUGGGCUAUGGGCCGAACAAAGGCCUGGUUCCUAAACUCUGUGACCGACUGUUUGACGCUAUUAGAGAAAACCAGGAUACCAGACAGUGUCAGGUCUUCUUCAGUAUGAUGGAAAUCUAUAAUGAGCAGGUAAUUGACCUGCUCUCUCGGGGGUCUCGUACGCCAGGAGGGCUCAGAGUUCGAGAGGAGCAGCAGAGGGGCUUCUAUGUGGAGGGUCUCCGGACAGUCCCCUGUGACAGUGCACCACAGGUGGAGCAGCUGAUGGAACAGGGAACCAGGAUUCGAACCACAGCUGCCACUCACAUGAACGCCAACAGCAGUCGCUCACACAUGCUGAUUAUCCUCCAGCUCAAACAGAUCUUUUCCAAAGAGAGCAUCACAAAACAGUCCAACAUUAACCUGGUGGACCUGGCUGGCAGCGAGCGUCAGAGGUCGUCGGGAUCAGAGGCCGACAGGCUCAAAGAGGGCACGGCCAUCAACCUGAGCCUUACCACCCUGGGAAAUGUCAUCAGUGCUCUUGCUGAUGUGGCAGUGGGGAAGAGGGUCGUCCAUAUUCCCUACAGAGACUCAGUUCUCACCAAGUUGCUGCAGUCUGCACUGGGAGGCAACAGUCGCACUGUUAUGAUUGCCACGCUGAGCCCUGCUGACAUGUGCUACGAGGAGUCUCUCUCAACCCUUCGCUAUGCUGAGAGGGCAAAGCGGAUCCAGAACCGGGCAGUGGUGAACGAGAGCCCCACCGAGCGUCUGGUUAAAGAGCUGAAGGCUGAGAACGCCAGGCUGCUACAACGACUGAGCCGGCUGGGCCAGGAGGGACGCAGAGCUAACGACGAGACCAAGGAGCUUCGUCAGCUGCUGACCCACAAUGAGCUCCAGAUCAGAGCCAUUCAGACUCUAUGGGAACAACACCUGCAGGAGGCGCUGAAGGACUGGGAGCAACAGUAUGCUAACAUCACACAGGAGAGGAGGAUGAUGCAGAUGCAUCCCUACAUCCUGAACAUCAACGAAGACGCUCAGCUGUCUGGGGUGGUCAAGCUUUUCAUCCAGGAGGGUGAUUGGGACAUCGGCCUGUGCGAUUCCUCUCCAAGGUCCAUCUCCAUCAAGGGUCUAGGGAUCCAGGAGCGUCACGCUGUGUUCAGGAAUGAACAGCGCCGGGUAACACUGACUCCACUUCCAGGGUCAAAGGUCAUUGUCAAUGGUCAUGCUGUUUCCCAGACAACUGAGCUGCAGCAUCUGGACCGUCUCAUUCUCGGUUCCAAUUGUACCUACCUGUUCAUUGGUUAUCCGUCUGAGAGGGGCGGGGAUGACUGGAGCCGCUACGACUACGACUAUUUCCAGUCUGAACUGGCUGCUGCUGAGGGCAUCCACCUGGGUGAGACCAGUACUGGGUCCAGUCAGGCAGACCCCAGUCUGCUGGCCGUUUUCUACGACUACAUCAAACUGAUGCCCAUGGUGGCUGAAGCCAACCAGAUGAGCAAGGAGCUGAGCAAGGGGGUGGAGUUCAAGUUGGAGAUCAAGAAUUUGGCACUGUCAGAUUCAAAAGGCCACGAUCUGGAGAAGGAGAUUGUUGUCAGGGUCACCUCAAUGGGAAGAAAACAGGUCUGGAUGUGGUCCAAGGCCAAGUUUGUGAACCGUAAAUUCCUGAUGGAAGAAGUCUAUCAGCAGCAUCAGGCUGAGCAGAGUGGAGACAAUAGGGUAGAGGGGCCGUCUCCAGCUACAUUACCCAGAGACAAAGACCCGUUCUGGGAUCCAGUGGAGCCUCUGCUCCUGGGUACCGCUCACCUCUGGCUUCAGUCUUUGGCCUUCCGCAUCCCUCUGGAGGAGCAACUGGAGGUGCUGGGCUCAGAGGGCACAGAGGAGGCCAUUCUUCAAGUACAGCUGGUUCCCUGCAACUCCACUGGACUCCCUCUUGGUGAAGAUGACAUCCUGAUCGACCCGUCUGAGUUGCUGGGUCGACGACUGGACUUCCAGCUGGUCCUGGAACAGUGUUGUGGCCUGCGCUGGAUCAGAGAGGACCGCAACAGAGGGGUUCAAUUUGGCUUCAAGUUAUUUGACUGCAGCCAGCCACUCUACACUCCAGCUGUGUGGCACAACUUCAACCCUCUGUUGGAUCACAGGGUCCACUUCGCCUCCCUCUACACCUCCCAACGUCUGCUGGACUACCUGCAGAGCAGCGCAGUCGUGCUGGAGCUCUGGGGCCUUCAAGACGGUUGCACAGACUUGGCUUCAUCUCUGGAGGGAGUGAGGAUGACUGCAGAGGGUGUCUUUAUCAUCGACGAGACAGGCCCGGCAAACACUGCACCUGCAAACUCUGCAGAGCUCAGCUGUUCAGUGAGAGCUCUUCAGCAGGACUUCGAAGAACUAAAGAGUGUUAAUGCUUCCCUCAGGAAAGAAAAUCAUAGUCUGAGAGAACAACUCAACACAGCCAGGAACGGUGGGGAGAGUGUGCGUGGUCGGCGUCCCAGCUGCGAUGCAGAGUUUGCUCGUGCUCUUAAGGUUUUCUACCACAGUAUGACCUCAGUCAGGGGUCAGCUGCAGCGCCUGCGCAGGCACAGACCCAGUGAGGAGUCAGACCUGCUGGGGCUCAGGCUGUUUAUAGACGAGCACAGUCGUCUGCUGAGAGACUUCUCAGAGCAGCUGGAACAGAGCGUCUCCACACUCAAACAAGAUGUAGCCGCCAUUGUCCGCCGGAAACGUGAGAGAUCAGGAAUCUGGUCCUGACUGAGUAACUGUUUAAAGUAUGUAUUAAGAAGGUAAAUGUCUCUGGUCGUUUCACAACACUGCAGAGAUUUCCCUUGUAAAGUGUGUGUAGGAUGAACAUACUGCCAUUUAUAAGUAUCUGUUUCUAAAAGCGCUGCUGUGUUAGUUGUAAAAUCACAGUAUUAUGUCGCUGGAACCUGCUUAGGAAAUGUGGUCACUGAACUGAACUUUUAUGUUACUGAUAUUUCCAGGAUCCUCCAGAAGAGUAAGGUGAGGUAGGCAGAUUAGUCAGCAGGAAUAAAUACACAACUCUGUCAUUAACAGGGUAACAAAUCAACAUAAUAAAAACAGAAGCAAUGAAGUCUAUAAAACGUUUAUUAGACUGCAUGUAAAAGAAGUCACUACAGUCCCCAAACUGCAAAUAAAUUAAAAGGCGAAUACAACCCAAGUUU